GAGAGCAGAAGGGCAGGGAGUGCAGCAGGGAGUGCAGCAGGGAGUGCAGCAGGGAGUGCAGCGGAGCAGGCUAAAGGGAACCUACCGGCCAUUCAAUCCCUGCACAUGGACUUGGGCUUGGUGGGAGAAGUCAGCCAGCUGCACCUGAACUGUAUCAGGUGAGGCAGAAGACAACAUUGUUACCUGUAUUGUUUUUAUGAAAGCGGUGAAGAGCAAGUUACACUUGAGGAAGGCAAGAGGAAGGCUGAAAUCCAAUGAAUCCUGGACCUUCUUCAUCUCCUCUGUGCGCCUUGUGCAGACCUGCAGGCUUAGAUAGAUUCACCUGAACGCUCGCCUGCAUCGUCUUGAUGAAAGCUCGGCUCGCGUGGAUCUCCCAGCUUUUCCAAUCGCCACGCCAUUGUGCUGGAACGUGGAUCCCUUGCCCAGUGUGAGAAAAAAAAAGUCAAACAAAAAAAAAGCCCAACAAAACCCGCAGAGCAGAGUGAGGGGAAAGAAAGAACACUGCCAUCCAUCUCCAGUCCAGCAUCAGCUUUUGGACACCCCUCCUCUCUGUCUCUUCAUUUGCCCCCUGUGCCCCCCCUUCUAACACCUAGCCCCCCCCCGACAGAGCAGAAAGCGUGAAAAAUCUCACUAAUGGGUUUAUUUGCUGUCAGAUCUGCGCCGAACUGUCAUUCCCUUGGACCAUUCUGCUUGACACAUUUCAUAGUUGAGUAAGCCUCCUUUGGCUUUCUGGCUACACUUAACAGUGCCCCUGCGACUUUGUGCUGGUUGAGAGCUCAUCAAGAGGGGAGGAACGGCAGCAGCAGUCAGUCUGACAGUCUCUUGGACAAGGAGUCCCUGAAGCUACAUUCCUCCAGACUCCCUCUCCCCGCUUGUGUCUGCGAGCCUCGUGGGCAUCCUCUGCUUCUGUUCAACCACACCACCGGUCCUCCCCCCGCAAGAUUUGACUUGUUUCUGCAGGCACUCCGGUGCAGAUCGAAAGAGUGUGAAGAUGUGGUGUGGGGUUGGGCCUCUGGCCGUGGCAGCUGCAGUGUUUUGGACUCAGUGUGUCCUUCUGGAUGGGGUGGAUGCCAAGAAGGAGAGAAAGAGGCCAAAGGAGGCCACUCCACAGCGCACGGAGGCAUACAACGCCACUCUGUCCAACAGUGAGGAGGUCGGUGGAGGCAGCAAGGCAACUUCAGAUCCCCAGCGAGUGGAUCCAUUGGGCUCAUGGAUGGAUUUUGUAAAAAGACCUGUUGGAAACUUCCCUGGAAAAUGUCGCAAACGCAAGAGACCCCUGCCCGGCCCUCCUGGUCCCCCUGGUCCUCCGGGCCCCCAGGGACCUCCCGGCUCUCCAGGGGCUGAGGUGACCCAGGAAGUUCUUCUCCAGGAGUUCAAAGAGAUGAUUAAAGAGGCUACGGAGAGGAGAGCAGCCGCGCUGGACAGGCAGACCAGCCCCAGCCAGCUACCCACCGCCCUGCUCACCCUGGAGGGGAUGGCCUCCUACCGCCGGAUAGAAGAAGCUUUCCACUGCAAGCUCAAGGGACCUGUGGUGGCGGACAAAAAGACUCUGGUGGAACUCCAGAACUUUCAGACACCACCCGCUAAAGGAGCGUUUCUCAGGGGGUCGGGAAUGGACCAGUCGACUGGAAGAUUCACCGCCCCCAUCACUGGGAUAUACCAGUUCUCAGCUAACGUCCAUAUUGAUCACAACGAGGUGAAGAGGACCAAGAGUCAACUGAAGGCUAGAGACAAUAUCAGGGUGUUGAUCUGCAUUGAAUCACUCUGCCACAGAUACACUUCACUGGAGAUGAUUGUUGGACUAGAAAGCAACAGCAAGAUAUUUACAGUGAGUGUGCAGGGACUGCUGGAGCUCCAGGCCGGCCAGUACACUUCCAUAUUUGUGGAUAAUGCAGCUGGUGCUUCCAUCACAAUACAGAACGGAUCGGAUUUCAUGGGCAUGCUGCUCGGCGUAUAACCUCCCACUAACUCGCAGGACAUCCUCCAAGCAGCCCACUGUUGCCACACUGUUUUUGAUUUCUUUUUUAAAUCUUGUAUUGAAUGAACUGCCUCUCUGCACCAUCACACAAGACCAAACCAGAAGAGAUUUUUGAAGGGAAGGGCUGAAGAGCUGACACUGACUUGAUUGCCUGUUGCCGUGGUGAAAGGAAGAACUCAAGUGUUGUUUUUUGACAAUGCACUGCCAUUUCUCCCAGGAACUUGGAUGCUUGUUCCUUCACCCAUACAAAAACCUGAACAUGAAAUGGAGAGUAUAUUUGUUACAGUAUAUUUUUUCACGGCUGUUGAACUCCUUAGCACUAAACUUUGUUUUUAUUGUUCUCUGUAAUUGUUGAAAAAGCUAAGGUACAUGAAAUAUUCCUGCAUUUAAUAUACAUUGAUGUGUCAUUGUUUUGUCUACAGUAUCCAUUGUGUACAAAUUGAUCAUUUUUUUGGAUGUUAAGUCUUGUUCACUCACACACGCACACACGCACACGCACACACACACACACACACACACACACACACACACACACACACACACACACACACACACACACACACACACACAGACCCGUCUACAUGACUAUAGACUCUGUGAGUACACUGGACAGGCCUCACGUGAUUUUUGUAACACAACUUUUGUAUUUGCCCAGAGUUUUCUCAACAUUGGCCUCAUUCACGGCCUCCAGGCCCAGAAUCCUCCUCUAUUGCCACCAUGUUUUUGUUUUUAAUCUACCUAUUUUACCAACUAUUAGACAUAAUGCCAUCAAAUUAUGUGUUUUUGUCUCCGAAUAAAAUUGAAUUUUUA